AUGGAAGCUUCUCCUUUCACACAGCAAUCCAAUGUCACUUUAUACGGGCCCAUGGCUUUGGCCAUCACCACACUGGAGGCAUUUCCUGGCAUGUGGAUCAAUGCUCUCAUCAUUUGUGUGCUUUGCAUUGCCUGGGUCCAAAACAAAACCCUGAACUCUAAUGAGAAGAUCUUGCUACUGCUGGGAUUCUCCAGGUUUUGGUGUUUGUGUUUCUCGUGGAUAUAUGUCUUUGUCUUAGAGAUUUUUCCCUAUUACUUUCUGGUCCACCCCAUAUUUCAACUACUUCAAGGUUCUUACAGCUUUUUUAAUUGUUCCAACUUGUGGGUUUCUGCCUGUCUUUGUGGUUUUUAUUGUAUAAAAAUUGCCAAUUUCAGGAACAGGUUCUUCAGCUACCUGAAAGUAAAAAUCGACAGGAUGGUGCCAUGGCUUCUGUUGGGGUCAGUGAUGUUCUCCCUGAUUAGUGGAAUUCUUUCCCACAACACUAUUGAUAAAGCUGUCUGUAAAAACCUCAAUUUCACCUGCCAAGGAAAAAUUUGGAAAGCAACUAUUAGAAUGAGCGACCAUUUUUCCCUUCUUCAUGUUCUCACUCUUUUUUUAUAUAUCACUUCCUUCAUGGUAGUCAUCUUUGCUGCUGUUUUCCUUCUCUUUUCUCUCUGGAGACACAAGUGCAAGAUGCAGACAAACUCCCUGAACAGCCUCAGCAUGGAUGCCCACAUGAGAGCCAUAAAAUCUGUCCUCUCCUUCUUCAUAAUGUACACCAUCAACUUUAUAUUUCUGAUCUUGAGUCUAGUUUAUUUAAUGAAGUACCAAAGUCACAUGCUAUUUCUUGGUUACUCAAUUCAACAUGUUUUUCCCGGUGUUCAUUCCCUUAUUCUGAUUUUCACCAAUCCGAAGCUGAAAAAGACACUGCUUAGGAUUCUCUCUUAUGCGAAGUGCAAGCUUUGCAUGAGGUAG